AUGCGCGGCUACAAAACGCACAUUGCCCAAGGAAGGACCCGGACCGCCGUCCUCAUCAAGAAGCACUACACGACGCAGCAGCACCAAAUCAACCACAGAAUCGAACACACUCUGAUUGAGCUGGUUCCUCCCAAGAAAACCCUGCAGAGCCUCUACAUCCUGAAUGUAUACAGUCCUCCGCGCGACACACUAAAGGACUUGGACAAGUUCCUGAGAGAAGUGAAGAAAGUCACCAACGGUCAAAAACUUCUCGUGGUGGGUGACUUUAACGCUCCACAUGUGGCUUGGGGCUACCGAUCAACCAACAAGAAGGGUAUGGACGUGCACAACGCGGCACAACACCACCAGCUGACGUUGUGGACCGAUCCUCUAAUACCAACUAGAAUCGGCAACAGUGUCUCCAGAGACACCAGCCCAGACCUGACCUUCUCCACUGGCUUAAGGCAAGUCGAGUGGUCGAGACUGGACGAGACUCUGGGCAGCGACCAUCAUAUCAUCCAGACUGAAAUCAUGCACCACAAAACCCCUGUGAGAUUAGGUCAGGCCAAAAUUACGGACUGGCCUGCUUUCCGGAAAGACGAACACCCCAGAAGCCUAGAGGACAUCGAGGAGUGGACCAAGAACGUGAUGGACUUGGUUACCAAGUACACAAAGACCAUCCAACUCACUGCGGACAAUCCCGAAGUCGACCCACACCUACUUCACCUCUGGGAGGCGGAGGAGUAUGCUGAAAAACUCGGACGUCAGAACUGGAAUCAAAUGUGCGACCAGUUACAGGGAACCCUCAGCAACCGAAAGACCUGGGCCAUUCUAAAGACCCUUCUGGCGAAGACGGAAUCAAAAACUGUCACGGGGCAACACAUACAAAGACUUAUACACAACUUCCAGGGAACUGAAGAAGAAGCGCUCGAAGCCAUCACCGAGAAAUACAUCGGAGACGAGCAACAACGGAAGACGCAGCCGGUCAUUCACCCGGAGUACGAGGGGGAACCCAAUCCGGAUUUAGACCAACCUUUCACCAAGUCGGAGAUCGUGGCAGCCUUAAGAAAUCUCACAAGAAACACGACGCCCGGCAGGGAUAAAAUUAACAACAAGACCCUCCGUAACCUGGACGACGGGGCAACGGAGAGUUUACUAACGUUUAUCAAUGAAAGCUGGGAGAACGGCAGUAUACCGGCUUCCUGGAAGCACGCGGACAGAUAG